AAAGAAGAGGAUGAGGAUGAAGAAGAAGAGGAUGAGGAUGAAGAAGAAGAGGAUGAGGAUGAAGAAGAAGAGGAUGAGGAUGAAGAAGAAGAGGAUGAGGAUGAAGAAGAAGAGGAUGAGGAUGAAGAAGAAGUAGGGGGGCACGAUGAAGAUGAGGAUGAUGAAGAAGGAUGAGGAUGAAGAAUUCCAGUACAGCAAAAGUGUAUCUGCAGAGAGCUCCGCUAUUUCUGACAGUUCUCUGACAGUUCCUUCACAUGUACAGCGGUUGAAACAUUGUAUCUAUUUGUUUCC